AUGGUGAUGCAGGUUGUCUGCCUGCAGCUCACGGAGGUCCACGGUGGCGCAGAUUUAUCCAAGAAUAGAUUAACUGAGGUUCCUACGGAGUUGUGCCAUUUCGUGUCACUGGAAACACUAAAUCUAUACCACAAUUGUAUAAAAAUUAUACCAGAAGCCAUAGUGAACUUGCAAAUGCUAACUUACUUAAAUUUGAGUCGAAAUCAGCUUUCUUCUUUGCCAGCUUGCCUGUGUGGUCUUCCUCUAAAAGUCUUAAUUGCAAGUAACAAUAAGCUAGGUUCCCUUCCAGAAGAGAUAGGUCAGCUAAAACAGUUAAUGGAACUGGAUGUCAGCUGUAAUGAAAUCACAGCUUUGCCACAGCAGAUAGGCCAGCUGAAAUCUUUAAAAGAACUGAAUGUCAGAAGAAAUUACCUCGAAGUUUUACCCCAAGAACUAGUACAGCUUCCCUUGGUAAAGUUCGACUUUUCCUGCAAUAAAGUGCUUGUGAUUCCAAUUUGUUUUAGAAAGAUGGUGCAGUUACAAGUAUUACUGCUUGAGAACAAUCCUUUGCAGUCUCCACCAGCACAAAUUUGUACAAAGGGUAAGGUGCAUAUAUUCAAAUAUCUGACUGUACAGGCCUGUCAGAUUAAAACGGCAGACUCACUGUAUCUUAAUGCCAUAGAACAACAGCAUUUGCCACAACCCGUGGAAGAAAGCAUUGAUGACAUCUACCCAAGUAAAAAGGACUCAGAUUCAGGUGUUGGUAGUGAUAAUGGCGAUAAACGUUUGUCAGCAACAGAGCCAUCUGAUGAAGAUACUCUCAGCUUUAAUGUUCCAAUGUCAGACAUCGUGGAAGAAGAUCAGGUUGUAAAGGAAGAUUCAGGUCACCAUGCUAACUCAAGAAAAGUGGGAUUCCAUCAGGGAUCUUCUCACUUGAUUGUCAAUGAUAAGUCAAGAGAAACAGGAAACCAGUGUGAUGAAUCGGAUACCCUUACUACUGAAUUUAUGAGUUACAUUAAGAGCAGAGCAGCAGAGUGUGAUGAAUUAUUGAGAAUAGAAGAGGACACACAAUGGCAAACAGAUGGAAUAAUAAAUUUAUCGGAAGAACAAACUAUUGAUAUAGCGAUGAUAGAACAACUAAGAGAAGCAGUAGAUUUAUUACAAGAUCCCAACAGAUUAAGCAUGGAUAUUUCAGAGAGCAGUGGUGUGAAUCUGUAUCCCAUGGAACCAGCAACAGCUUUAGAAUUUCAGGAGUCUACAGUAAAUGGUCAAAUGCAGAUGGAGAUGUCUUCCCUUGGUCAGAGAGAAAAUGCUGAAGAGGAACUAGAAUUUCAGAGAAGGAGGGAGUUGAUGAUGGAGAAAGCAAAGCCUGAAGUGAGAACUUGUGAACAGGGUGAAAAAUGGUCAUUGAGUCAGAAUGAUCUAAUUGUUUGGAAUGCAAGUGGGCAAACCUCUCACAAUGAGAACAAGGAUAAAAGUCCAAUAACGUCUCCUCCUACAAACACCACAAUCCCUUUUGGCCUGAAGCCACGAUCAGACCCAUCCCUCAGUCUUCCUCCUAUCUCCUUCAACACACUUACACAGGCACAAACAUGGGACAACUUUAGCUACAGUAUCCCAUCUGAAGGAGACAGUGACAAUGUGUUCUUAAGACCACAAAGAAAUUUGGAAUCGAUAGACCCACAAUUUACAAUUCGAAGGAAAAUGGAGCAGAUGAGAGAAGAGAGAGAGCUUGUGGAACAGCUACGUGAGAACAUUGAAACAAGACUAAAGAUUUGUUUGCCUGAAGACUUGGGGUCUGCUCUGAUGGAUGGUGUAGUUCUCUGCCAUUUAGUAAAUCACGUUCGUCCUCGGUCUGUAGGAAGUAUUCAUGUACCUUCACCAGCAGUACCUAAACUUAGCAUGGCGAAAUGCAGGAGAAACGUGGAAAACUUUCUGGAUGCGUGUAGGAAACUGGGGAUACCAGAGGAGAAGCUCUGCCUACCACAUCACAUCCUAGAAGAAAAGGGCUUGGUAAAAGUGAGCGUAACAGUUCAAGCAUUGCUAGAUGUAACCACAGUGAAACAAGCUUUAUUCACAUGAAACUACUAUCUCUGCUGUUACCAGCUCCACUGUGCCAUCAAAGAGUCAAAAUACUGCCCAUCUUUUCAAACUGCAUUGAAAAAAAACCAGUGCUCCAAGAGUAUCCUUAUACUUCUGAUUUUAAAACCAUCUUUCAGACUGCACGCGUGCGUCGAACUACAAACCAGAAACUAAACAGAAACAUUUUAUAGUGCGAACGGGCGCUUCACUGCUUUUAUAGCUCGCUUUGUACAGUACUUACUAAAACAGCCACCUCUCUGCCACUUGAAAAUGUGUGGAGUACACAGCUGUCUUGCAGCAAGAUACCUUCGUAUUAUUCAACUAAGAAUCAUUGUA